AUGUGGCUCAUUUGUGGCCGCAACUGUCGGCCCGGCAGCCACCCCCGCGCGGCCGGCGCGCUCUCGGGCACCGGGUGCGCCUCGAUUUUCAUCUCUGCACCGGCCGCGAUACGCCUGCUGGAGGUGCGCGCAGGAAUUUCUUGGAAUUUUCAUGAUGUGAAGGAGUGGACUAAUAUUUCAAUAACUUGUAGUUUGGGACAAAAUCAAUCGCCUGUUAAUCUUCAAAGCCAUGUUAUAGGUGACAACCAUGGCAAGAAAGCUUUAGAAUUUUUAAAUUACGGCAAGGGAGCCCAACAACUGGAGAUUAGAAAUACUGGGCAUACAGUGCAAUUGUCUGGCACUUGGGGAAGACGUAAACCUAGCAUUAGGGGGGCAAUUUUUUCAAGAGAAAUUUAUACCAUCAGUAACGUUCAUUUACAUUGGAGUACAGCUGAUAAUAACGGGACAGAACACGCCAUUGAAGGUCGAAAAUAUGCCGCGGAGUUGCAUUUAGUGCAUUUCAACGAAAAAUAUCAAAAUGUAUCGGAGGCUUCGUUACAUCCAGAUGGAAUUGCGGUGGUUGGCAUUCUCUAUCGGGUCAAUGAUAACGUUUCUCCAAACCCGGGAAUGGCGCAAUUUGCAGCGCUGGCCCAACAAGUACUCUCUGUCAAUGCGUCAGUCCGCGUAGCAACAUUCAAUUUGGCUUCUUUCAUACUACAACCAUUACCUCCAGUGUAUUCUUACUACGGUUCAUUGACAACUCCACCUUGCACGGAGAAUGUGCGCUGGGCGAUACUAUCCGAGCCGCAGCCGAUAAGCUCAACAAUCAUAAGAUUACUUCGUAACGUGAUUCUGAGCGACGGCGACACGCACAAUAUUCGACCAUUACAGCCAAUUAACAACCGCCUGAUUGAAUUUUAUAGUCAUUAA